ACUUUCAGUCUGCUGAUCUAGAACAGAUCAUAAUGCUAUAGCUCCCUGUCGUUGAUCCUUUUCCGGUUCCUCAAAAGAUCUUUCUGCCCAUGUGGACACGGUCUCUGGAAGGUUAACAAUUUGUUGCUGGAAAAGAAGAUGACAAUCAAUCUUCUUCCGAAUCCAAAACAAACAACUGGUUUCGUGAUGAUAUGCAGAGUAAUUCCACUUUAGGGGUGAGGAUAGACGAAGCAAAUAUUUCUUCUUCUGCGAAUGUUGACUGGAUUCAAGGUGAUCAAGGACAAAGCACUGGCAACAAUGCCCCUGACAAGAGAACUACUAAUGAUGAUGAUGAUGAUUCCUUUGAUGCGUGGAAUGAUUUUAAGGGUUCCACCAGUGCACCAGAUGCUGCUAAAAGUUAUCGGGACCAGACUACUGAUGGUGUCAAGUCGAUGAAUGACAAAGGUCAUGAUUCUUUUUCUGGAUGGGGGGCUGGCUCUGAAUCUACUGCUUUUGAAACUCAGCAUGAGGAAAAGACUCAUUUCAUGGAAAAGCAGUAGAUAACAGAACUUCAUCUCACACUAAUUGGUUUCAAGAUGAUCUAUGGAGUAAUUCCACCUCAGGGACUGUUCAUCAUGCUGAGCAAUCUGAUUUGAAUGUAGGUAAUAAGGAUGAUGGGAUGUUAGGAAAUACAAAAUCUCCCGUGAGUGUAAAUGGAAUUGAAGAUGAUCAAUGGCCAACAAGUAGCAACAAGGCAGCGGAUGACAGAACCAAUGAUGAAGAUGAUGAUUCAUUUGGGGCUUGGAAUGAUUUUAAAGGCUCAAGUGCCUGGGGUUCUUCGAUAAGUUCUUGGAAAGAACCUGCUAACCGUUCCAGUUCUACCGAAGAGAAGAGCAGUGACCCUUUUCAGGAUGGGACACUGACUUUCAAUCUGCUAGUUCUAAAAAUCAUCAUGAGGGUUCCAAAUCAUUUGAUCCUUUAGUGGGUUCCUCAGUUGAUCUUUCUGAU